UAGAAAGCAUGAUCAGUUUCAAAAGCAGUUGCUGAGGACAGAAUGUAGAGAAGCACAGAGCUCAACAUCAGCCAUUGCAAGUACUGGAUUUAAUUGGUCAACCCUCAGAAUGACUUUGCUGAGCUGUAUCAUCAUUCAGAUACUCUGGGCUUUCUCUGCUAAGGGACAAGCUCCAGCAUGUGAAGAGCCGCCUGCCAUAGAUUUUGGGGGGAUUGUUAGUGAUGACAAAUCGGAGUAUAGAGAAGGUGACAAAGUGCAGUACAAGUGCAAUCCUGGAUACACCCCGAUAGGACCUGAAUGGAUCACGUGCAGUGGGAAAACCUGGACACCUGCACCACAGUGUUUGGCACCAUGUAGCCUCACAAAACAGCAACUGGAGAUCAAAAAUCUGCUUCUGUCCAAUGGCCGAAGACAUGCACAGUUGAUUCAGAGUGACCACACACUGGAAUUUAUGUGCAGUGAAGGAUAUACCCUCACAACCCCUUCAGUCAGGAAGUGUGUUAAUGGGCACAUGGAUUUGCCUUCAUGCAUCUCUGAAAAUAUAUACUGGUUUUGA